GUUUUUCUAGUAGGAAUACGUAAAGUCUCGAGUUCUGAAUCUUGGUCCUGAACGCAGCAUUAGGUUUGUGCUCGGAGUUUGGUGCGUAGCUGUGCGUCUGACGUCACUCCCCUUAGUAACCCUCGGCGGCGUCUCCAGGAGCGAAGGCAACAAGAUGGGAUUGCUGUCUAUCCUGCGCAAGCUAAAGAGCACACCAGACCAGGAGGUGAGGAUACUGCUACUGGGUCUGGACAACGGAGGGAAGACCACCUUGCUAAAGCAGCUGGCAUCUGAGGACAUCAGCCAUAUCACCCCCACACAGGGAUUCAACAUCAAGAGCGUCCAGUCUCAGGGCUUUAAACUGAACGUUUGGGACAUUGGCGGCCAGAGGAAGAUCAGGCCGUACUGGAGAAACUACUUUGAAAACACAGAUGUGCUGAUUUAUGUCAUCGACAGCGCUGACAGGAAGAGAUUUGAGGAAACGGGUCAGGAGCUCGCUGAGUUGUUGGAUGAAGAGAAGCUGAGCGGCGUCCCUGUACUGAUCUUUGCGAACAAGCAGGAUUUGCUGACAGCCGCCCCGGCCUCAGAGAUCGCCGAGGGUCUCAAUCUGCACACCAUCCGGGAUCGCAUGUGGCAGAUCCAGUCCUGCUCCGCCCUCACUGGCGAGGGGAUUCAGGAGGGCAUGAAUUGGGUCUGCAAGAGCGUCAACUCCAAGAAGAAAUAGCUUGGCUUCUAGUCUUCUACCACUCAGGAGGAUGAGCAGCAGCACACAUACACUGACACACAUUGCACCCUCCUGAGCCUUAAUACGAUGGGAUAUACCUGUGAAUGUAAACACACUACUAAUCCAUCAUGGACUUGGAGUUUUUAACCCCCCUGCGUUUCUGUAUCGCUGAGUUUUACUAAUCUCAACACGUCUUUCCAUGUUGGCCCUCUAAGCAGAGGAGGGUGGUUCGACUUCAAAGGGAACCCAUGUCAGGAUAUCAACCCCCUCCGCCCGGACUACCCACGUCACCAUCACCGCCCCAGCCAAUCCCAGCAGCUACCGUCCUCGGCCCGUCACGGCCUCAAACAUUCCCAUUAAACUGCUGUCUUUUAUUGGAAUUCCAGCUCGUUCUUUAAACUCUUUUUCUCCGUCUCAUUCUUACCGGUUCAUAUGUGUGUGUUUUGUUUGUUUUUUUCUUUUUAUUUUAUCAUUCCACUGUUGCUGUAAGCGCUUUUCCUGCUAUGGUUCUGUUUGAAGUGAGGUAUAUUUUUGUAAUUGUUUUAUUUAUGGUGAAGUAGAGUGUAGAGUGCUUUCAAACAACAGCUGGUGUGGCGUGUGUGUGUGAUUCCAAGGAUGUUGGAGGAUCCGACUCUCCCCACUAAAGAAUAAUACUGUACAUGUUAAUAUGUAUAAAAACAGAUGGAAUUAAAAGGUGAAGAGGAACUACAUUUUUUUUUGGAUCAAAUGUAAAUAGCUCGUCCCCGUGUUCAUAUGUUACGUUAUGCCCAUGUUAUAGAGUAUAAGUCGCACUGCUGCUGUACUCUGUAGUCUAUAAUGUUUGCAUAUCUGAUGUAUGCUGGCAGAUUUUUAAUAGCGGUAUACGUACUGUACGUCCCAAUGCAUUUCUCUGUGCUCUUUGGGUUAGUGAGGGGGUUCACCCCUUAAAGGCAUUUCCUUUUGAUAUUCUUGAAUGUAAUCUGUCCAGACCUGAAGGUACUGUAUGUGAAUAAAAAAAGUUAAAAUCA